AUGGCUCCACGCACCCCUUCCUUAGAAGACUCGCUCGCCAAGAAGGGAGGCUUGACCCUCGCCCGUCUCGUGGACUACGACGAUCGCAUCACAGAUGCACUCGUCGAUCGAGUCUACUACUGGACCACCAUUCGUAAGCUGCGCACAAAGUACCAAGGCUCUCGAGGUGUCAGAGAGGAGGAUGUCGCACGCAUCCUGCAAGAUCAUGUCAUCUUGAAGAAGGAUGCUGCCACGGCCGCACAAACCUUGCUGCAACUGCCUGCUCUGGCUCGCUAUCUCAACACCUUGCCUUCCAAGGAAGAGAAGAAGCACUUCCAGGAUCACUUCAGGAAAUAUGUCAACAUCUACUUGCCCGACUGUCCCUUUGAAGUCACCACUACCAACCGCUACACCAUCAUCACCCACGAGGCUGCCACCGUAGCUCGCAAACCAAUUCGCAAGAACGAGACCAUCAAGUACUUGACGGGUGUUCAGGUUGCCAUGUCUGAGGAGGAUGAGAGAACCCUCGGUGUAAACGACUUCAGUAUCGUCAUGUCCAGCCGCAAAAAGCGCCCAUCUCUGUUCCUUGGACCUGCACGCUUCGCCAACCAUGAUUGUAAUGCAAACGCGAAACUCAUCACCAUGGGGCACAAUGGCAUGACCAUUGUGAGCGCCCGUGAUAUCGACAUCGGCGAGGAGAUUACAGUCACGUAUGGAGAAGACUACUUUGGAGAAGACAAUUGCGAGUGUCUCUGUGCAACUUGCGAGCGUCUUCAGCGCAAUGGUUGGUCCAGGCGACCGCCAGCAUCAAGGCGCAGCAGUGAGCAGACUUCUGCUACACCGCAACCUCAGUCACCCAGGAAGAAUAAAAGGGCCUUCUCGCCAGAUACAACCAUCGAUGUCACUACUCCUCCUUCUGCGAAGCGGCUGAAGACCCACACGUCCUCCUCAACACCGAAGGAAUCGCCACAACUUCGUGCCGUCAAGACAGAGGUCGGCGCCUCAUCGUCGCUGAAAGUACCGUCACAGCUUGUAAGCGUGAAAAGGGAAUCAAGCGCUUCCUCCACUCUUAGGGUAGUCUCUAAUGCAACCGACAGCGAAAGUGACGCCUUGGGAUCAGCCUUUUUCAAGCCAAAACCAAAGCUCAAGCAUCGUUAUGGAAAGGUCGGCCGACCAUCAAAGCGAACAUAUGAAACUACUCGCUCCAGCUCUCCAACUUCAUCAAUUACUGAAGGCGUCUCACAAGCAUCUUCAGUAACCACCGAACCCACAUCCAUCGAUGAGCCUACAUUUAACGAAGCCACGGCCGAAUCAGAUCUGUCAGAACUUUCUGAGAGUUACGAGUUGGACGACACUCUACGUGAAGUAAUCCAACGGAAGCCCAGGCCUGUGAGGAUGACCACCAGACAAAGCGUACGAAAACAGAUCUCUGUGCCAGUACCCACCAUCGAAGGCACUGAUCCGGAUGUCGAAGAAGACGAUUCAGAAGAUCGUAGGAGGCCUGGCGAUUACACCCUCACGGCUCGCUUACUGACCACUGCCUUGUCGCGCUGGGUUGAGUGCCACAACUGUGACGACUACUUCAUUCAGCAUGAGGCCAAGUUGACGCGUAUCAACUGCCCCCGCUGUGAGAGACAUAGUAAGCUCUACGGCUUCGCCUGGCCAAAGACGGACAGAGAGGGCAAGCACGACACGGAGGAAAGAAUACUCGAUCACCGUACUGUCAACCGCUACCUACAUCCAAGUGAGGAGCGGACUACAAAGAAGAGUCGCAAAAGUCUGAGCCAGAUGAUAUCUGAGCGAGAAAGAAGUUUACGAGAAAGUGAAGAGGUCGAGUCGCAAGACGGUAGAAGGAGGAGUAGAAGGAGAUACAGUUCAUAG